GAGGUUGGUCCUUCUGAAGAUCCUGAAGACCCUAAAGGAGGUACCCCCAACACUUUAGCCCUAUGUGGCCAGCGCCCCAUGCGUAAGCGUCUCUCUGCCCCAGAGUCGUGGCUGAAUCUGACUGAGGGGCCUGGAGAUAAUGAAGCUUCUCCUACCCACUCUGCACCUUCGUCUCCUGAUGGCAGUUCUGACCUGGAGGUAGAUGAAUUGGAGACACCUUCAGACUCGGAGCAGCUGGACAGUGGACAUGAAUUUGAAUGGGAAGAUGAGCUGCCCCAGACAGAGGGUCUGGGGGCCAGUGAGGCAGCUGAAAGGCUGGGACAGGGUUGUAUGUGGGAUGUGGCUGGAGAAGAUGGUCGUCGCUGGAGGGUGUUCCGAACAGGACAGAGGGAGCAGCGAGUGGACAUGACUGUCAUUGACCCCUAUAAGAAAGUCCUGUCUCAUGGAGGUUACCAUGGCGAUGGCCUCAAUGCUGUCAUCCUCUUUGCUUCCUGUUAUCUACCCAGGAGCAGCAUCCCCAACUACACCUAUGUCAUGGAACACUUGUUUAAGUAUAUGGUGGGAACUCUGGAACUGCUGGUAGCUGAAAAUUAUAUGCUUGUUCAUUUGAGUGGAGGUACAAGCAGGGCCCAAGUUCCACCUCUGAGCUGGAUACGCCAAUGUUACCAUACACUGGAUCGGCGGUGAGACCCUAGGACAAGAGAGCUACAACUCUCUAUCUUUUUCUUUCCAUCUUUUCGUUCUUUCUUCUUCCAUUUAGUCCCUUUCUCUUUUCUCUGUCCCUUUACACC